AUGCAGCUCUCUCGCCUUGCAAUGCACCGGAACAUACUUCUUUUUGCUCUUGUAGCGCUCUUACGCCUGGUGUCCGCUCACCAAGCCUUGGGCACCAAUGCUGACCUAUCUGCACCAGUUUUCGAAUUGACGGACCCUAAUCUGCACAUCAAGAAUGAAACGGAUGUUGCCAUCGUCGUGAUGGGAGCGACAGGAAGCGGAAAGACCACAUUCAUCAACUUGGCCAGCGGCUCAAACUUUCGCGUCGGAGGUGGUCUCAAGUCGACCACCAACAUGAUACAAGUGGCGGAGCCCUUCAUUAUGGAUGGACGGAAGGUGACGCUGAUCGACACCCCGGGAUUCGACGACACCACAAAGAGUGACACCGAUAUCCUUCGCGUGAUCGGCCUGUUUCUCGCUACGACCUACCGAGGUGGCAAGAAAUUAGCCGGGGUGAUCUACGUCCAUCGCAUCUCCGACUUCAAGAUGGGCGGCAUCUCCACUCGGAACUUCCGGAUGUUCCGAGAACUCUGUGGCGACUCGACGCUCAAGAACGUCGUCAUCGUCACUAACAUGUGGGACCACGUCAGCGCGGACGUCGGCGAGGCGCGCGAAGCCGAGUUGGCCAGAGAGGAUUUCCUCUUCCGACCCGUCCUUGAGAAAGGCGCGCAGAUGGUGCGCCAUGAGAACACGCGCGAGUCGGCGCACAACAUCCUCCGCCGCAUCAUCCAGAACCACCCUCUCUCGCUUCAGAUCCAGCGUGAACUGGUCGACGAGAAUAAGGAUAUCUCGCAGACCGCUGCUGGGGCGGAACUCAACAAAGAGCUGAUGCUGCAGAUGGAAAAGCACAAGAAAGAGAUGAAGCAGCUUCAGAAGGACAUGGAAGCCGCAAUCCGAUCGAAAGACGAGGAGACGAAACGGGAGCUUGAGAUCGCAGCGAAGAAGCUUCAGGAUGAGAUGAAUCGAAUUCAAGCAGAUGCGCAAAAGCUCGCCUCAAAAUACGAGAAGGAGAAGGCGGAUAUGGAGGACCGCAUGAAGCAAUUUGCUGACCAGUCCCGUCGUGACGCCGGAGAGGCAGCUAGGAAUCACGAACGACAAAUGCAGGCCUUGCGGGACCAGAUAAGGCCCAUGGAGGACGAUGAUGACGACGAUUUCUUCCCAACCUUGUUCAAAUUAGCUACCAGAGUCAUCCUAGGAGGACUUUUGUGA